AUGGCUGACUCCUCCUCUUCUCCUCAAAGAGCUACAGCAAGUUGUUUCUGCGGUACUGUUCAAUUGGAAUUGCCAGUCGAAGGACCAGACCUGACCCAAAUCUUCAUCUGCCACUGCCACGACUGCAGAAAACUAACCGCUUCCGUCUUCACAACCGCUUUCUGUGUCCGCGACUCCUCUCUCUCGCAUCUUCGUGGCGAGUCUUCUCUAAAAACUUACGCAAGAUCGUCAACUAUAGCUUCUGGCAACACAAUGACAAAUUACUUUUGCGAGGAGUGUGGGACUUUGAUGUAUAGACGCAGCAGUGGGUUUCCCGGACUCAGUAUUACGAGGGUGGGCACUGUGGAUGAUGUGAGUCUGCAUGAUACGAAAUUGAAGCCUAGAGUGGAGGUUUGGUGUCAGAGUAGGGUGGGGUGGUUUGCAGGGGUGGAGGGGAUUGAGAAGAGUGAUGAUCAGGCUGCACUGUAG